AUGAGUAUGUCACAGACUGCGGCUCAGGUGUUCUUCAAAGCUGGUCUGCUGGGUACUCUUGAGGAGAUGCAAGAUGAGAAGCUUGCUUCUCUGGUCACCAUGACUCAGGCCCUCUGCCGUGCUUACCUAAUGAUAAAGGAGUUUGCUAAAAUGAUGGAGUGGAGGGAAGCCAUUUACACCCUCCAGUACAACGUCCGUUCUUUUAUGAAUGUCAAACACUGGCCACGGAUGAAGGUGUACUACAAGAUCAAGCCUCUUUUGAAGACUGCUGAAACUGAGAAGGAGCUUGCCAGUAUGAAGGAGAACUAUGACAAAAUGAAAUCAGACCUGGCUGCUGCUGUGGCCAAGAAGAAAGAACUGGAAGAGAAGAUGGUUUCUGUUGUGCAAGAGAAGAAUGACCUGCAGCUACAAGUGGCAUCUGAAUCAGAGAAUCUGUCAGAUGCUGAGGAGAGAUGUGAAGGAUUUAUCAAGAGCAAGAUCCAACUGGAGGCUAAACUCAAAGACACAACCGAGAGGCUGGAGGAUGAGGAGGAAAUUAAUGCUGAGCUGACUGCCAAGAAGAGGAAGUUGGAGGAUGAAUGCUCUGAGCUUAAGAAAGACAUUGAUGACCUGGAGCUUACCUUGGCCAAAGUGGAGAAGGAGAAACAUGCCACCGAGAACAAGGUGAAGAACCUGACUGAAGAGAUGGCCUCUCAGGAUGAAAGCAUUGCUAAGCUGACAAAGGAGAAGAAAGCCCUUCAAGAGGCACAUCAACGGACUCUUGAUGAUCUGCAGGCAGAAGAAGAUAAAGUCAAUACUUUGACCAAAUCCAAAACCAAGCUUGAGCAGCAAGUGGAUGAUCUUGAAGGUUCUCUGGAGCAAGAGAAGAAACUCCGCAUGGACCUUGAGAGAGCCAAGAGAAAGCUCGAGGGUGAUCUGAAACUGGCUCAAGAAUCUAUCAUGGACCUUGAGAAUGACAAACAGCAGUCUGACGAGAAACUGAAGAAGAAGGACUUUGAGACAAGCCAGCUUCUGAGUAAGAUUGAGGAUGAACGAUCUUGA